AUGAAGGACAAGUGUAAGAACGCGGCGCGUAGCCGUCGAGAGAAGGAGAACUCGGCGUUUGAGCAGCUGAGCCGACUGCUACCUAUCAGCUCAGCGGUCAGCAGUCAGCUGGACAAGGGCAGCACAAUUCGACAGACCAUCAGCUUGCUGCGUCUGCACAACAUGUAUCCGGCUGGGCUGGGGAGCGCCUGGGGCUCCUCUCCGUUGGACCAGGGCGACUUCAGAGAGCUCGGCUCGCUGCUAUUGCAGACGUUGGAGGGGUUUGUUUUCAUCGUGUCCUCUGACGGCACGGUCAUUUACAUAUCGGAGACGGCAUCCGUCCACCUCGGCUUGUCACAGGUCGAGCUGACGGGAAACAGUAUCUACGACUACAUCCAUCAGGCUGAUGUGGAGGAGCUGGCCGCGGUCCUGGGUCACACGCCCGGCGCCGAUGACCCCCUCCAGAGCCGGCCGGCCGGGCAGGCGACAGAGUUUGAGUUGGAACGAAGCUUUAUCGUGCGUAUGAAGUGCGUUUUGGCAAAACGGAACGCAGGUCUUACAAACCUCGGAUACAAGGCCAUCCACUGCAGCGGCUACCUCAAGUACUCUCCAGCGACCUCCGGGUGCCGCCGGGCAGAGACCCGGGGUCUGGUGGCCGUCGGACACCCUCUGCCCUCGUCCGCCGCCACAGAGGUCCGCCUGCACAGUAGCACGUUCAUGUUCCGCGCCAGCCUCGACCUGAAGCUCAUCUUUCUCGAUAGCAGGGUGCUAGCUCUCACCGGCUACGAGCCCCAGGACCUGAUCGAGAAAACACUAUACCAGUUUGUGCAUCCACAUGACGUCCACAGUGUGGUGCACGCACACAGGACACUGUUGUACAAAGGCCAGUCGCGAACCCGGUACUACCGACUGCUGACGAAGACCGGCGGCUGGGUGUGGCUGCAGAGUUACAGCACCAUCGUCCACAACAGCCGAUCGUCGCGGCCGCACUGCAUCGUCACCAUCAACCACGUCCUCAGUGGCGUGGAGGAAGACGGGACCUGUUUGGACAUCCAUCAGCUGGAUGAACCCCCGGAGCAGAGCUACAGAGACUUCACAGUAACGCCAAAGCGGAAUCGGGCUGCCGACACCAGCCCGACUGCCGACGGCAAGGGCCGGUCACCACGCCAGGCAGCGACUGUCAGUCCCGGGCUACAGACAAGGACUGGGGACCCGGGAGACGCGUACAAGGCUGAGGCAGGGUGUGCUAAAGCUCCAUUUCUUGUCUCAGGGUCUGGAAGGACACCACCGAUAGGCGAAGGUUCUGACGGACUGCCGAUGGAGGUCAGUCCUGCAGGAAGCGGGGACCUCUACGACCCGUCAAUAUGUGUGGGAGGAACAGAAGAAUGUGAGAGUUACAACGACGUAAUCAAGUACCGGCCUGACCAGACCGACGAAAAUAUCCUGAAUGGAGCCGCAGGGAAUGGUGAGUCAUUUUUUACCAGAAGAGGAGCUUUCUCUGCCUUCAGUCAGACCGAAACUGAUCCGAUACUCCCGUGCCAUCGUUAUGAGGACCGGGACAGAAGGUUGACAAUGGCGACAGAGCUUUACCAGACGUUUUCCACAGUCUCAGCGCCACUUGAAGACGCCUUGUCGAUGGUCACUAGGCCAAUCUCACGCGAAGUCAAUCUCCAGCCGCUGCCGUCACCUGAAGUGCCGAGCCCAACCCUACAUCGGACAUUCGUCGGCCCCGACGGUUUACACUUCACCUCAGGACUGCUAGACGAGCGCUUUGUCCCGGGCUACCCUGAGAGUCCUUACUCAGGAGCGACGGAUUGCAAAGAGUGGUACGAUCCGGCUCAGUACGGUGCGCACUAUCGUGCUGCGGCUCAGCACCAAAGCGUGCCAUACAGCGAUCUAAAAAGCACAGAUCCAGCUUAUCCUGACACCAGGUAUCACGACGUGGCAUACGAAGUUGCCAGCUACCAGGGUCAAUCCCCCGACAAUCUACAUCACCAUCAGGACGUUCAACAAGUCUGCCACCUCAGACAUCAGCCGUCACCUAUGUUCCAUGACGAUUCUGAGAGCAGUCCUAAAGACCUUUCACCACCGAACGCGCUGUGCCCACCCGAUCACCCGUCUCCCGAGGUGACUCCCUUGGGAAGUGAGCUUCUGACAUCACCUGUCAGUCACACCAGCGUCAUCGUGGACAUGCAGCAGUACAUGCAGAAUGAGUACGUGCAUUGAUAACCCAAUGCUGAGAAAGCUUGGCUGGAGUCCAGUGACAUGGCGCCUGGAACAUCUGGAACGCCUGGAACAUGGCGCCUGCCUAAAACGUGCGUCCACCGAUAUUUCGGGGAUGGCUGAAGCUAUUGCUAGUCUGUUUCAGGGACUCAAAGAGUGCGAGAUGUUAUUACGAAAUAACUGGACUGGGCAGGCGAACUUCGCACUAGCGUUUACGCAGACUCAUUAUAAACAGAGUGCUAGAUGUAACUAUGUAGGCAUGCUCAAACUCAGUAAAAAAUGAGACAUAUCAGUUAUACAUAUCCAAUGAAAGACGUCAUGAAAGAGUGCCUUGCCUGCCACUUCGGCUCCGGACCGCCGAGCUGUUCGCGGACCGUUUGUGUUUGCACCGGUCAGCCUUGACGUCCGCUGCGCGCUUGUAGACCCCCUACGCUAGCGGUGUAAGUAGCGCUAUAAGCUGUAACUGUGCCGAGGUUGGUGUGCUCUAGUCUUGAUAAAAUUGUUUGGUAAUAUUUGAAGUCGCUCAGGAAAUCCAAAUGAAGCGGUCGGCGCAACAUCCACUGGCUUUUCCAGCAUGCGUGAAACGCCGAGUGUUUUUCUAUCAACUUGCCUCGCGGACUACGAAUGUAAAAUGGUGGACGCCGACCGCAGUAACGUGGUCACAGAGGAAUUGAAAGACACAUACUUUAAGAGGAAGCCGAUUUAAGAAAUGAAUGCUGACGUGUGACAACCAGUUCCCACUUCGUGUAACGAGUGCAGUGCAGUGUUCACUAUUCGCAAAUCGUUGACUGUGUAUGUCUUCAAUACAAACAUUUUACAAAU